UACCGGUUGAAAGUACUGAAUGGAAAAACCAGAUGGAUAAGCGGCUUCAUAAAUCUCCAUCUACAAUUGACUUGCUAAGCCCAAAAGAAUGUGAAGAAUUAGAGGUUGGGGUAGAGGAAUUGCCUGUCAUUGCUACUGCAGGACAAGUUCCUCCCAAGGAAGUUGUAGCAGUUGUUCGGCCUUCUAAUUAUGUAUCUAAACAUGAUUCAAGAGCUUUGGAUCAGAGAUUUAUAUUUAAAUGUAAUGCAGACAUGAUAUUGGAACUGAAGCACACCGGCCAAAUGAAAGAUCCUCAAAAACUUAACCAUGUUUAUACGAAGCGUGUCUCACCUUCUUCAGAUCAUGUAAUCCAUGGUAUAUAUGUCUUUCCAAUAGGGAGCAAGUUCCCGUGUUUGUUUCGAGAGGCGGGAGUAUACACAUUUUCAUUUUCUCUUACUGAUUCAAGUUGUAAGCCAUUUGUCAAGAGAGUUAAAGUCAAGGCAUCUUCUGAGAUAGGGAAGUGGGCACUUUUAAAUGAUGAGCAGAGCCAACCUUUUAGUGUGAGUGUUGGUUCAACUUUGAGUCCUCUCUCAAUUGCAUGUUACGACAUCUAUGACAAUAGAGCUCCUUUUCCAUCUAAUCCUGAAGUUGUUGUCAAGCUCGAAGCAGAUGAGGACUCAGUUUUUCAUGUUAGAAAAUUUAAGAGUAACCUUUCUACUUCAAAUUUGUUCCUAAAAAUUGAGGACUUACUGAUUGAAAGCAAUGACUUGGACAAGAUCAGACCUGGUUACAAAGCCACUCUAGUCAUAUCUAACUCAGAUGGGAAAUUCUCUGUUUCCAUUCCUUGCCAUGUAACUCCAGGUUGUUUGAACCAUGUUAAAGCCCAACAAGCAAUUUUGGCUGACCAACUUCUGCCAGGUUGCAUUGUUAAAGAGCUUGAAUUAUAGGUGUAUCAAUCAUUUUCACUUUUGCAUACCAAUUCAAAAACUUUUACAGUAUAGAUUUUUAUU